AUAUUUGAGUCAAUUUUCUGAACUUUUGGGAAUUGGAGCAACAACAUUCAGCCUCAUGGAGAGUUUUGAAUAUUACAAAUCUCUGGUAACUGAUGAGGAAGUAAUCAAAGCCCUUACUCUGGAAAGCCAAGCUAGAGAAGGUACACUUGAAAAACCUAGAGUCAGACCAAAUUUGAACUUUCUUCAAAGAACAGUAUCGAAUAUGGUUUCAUCCAACAAUCGGUUGACUACAAAGCAGAAAGAAAUGAUCAACAAGGAGAAAGAAAAGAAUUCCAGUUAUAGACCUAGGAGAAUUCCCGUUCGUAAAAAGCUUCACAUUGAAAUUAUAAAAGAUAUAUUGUCUGAGAAAAUAGAUUUUGUGAAAUCUUCUGAUGAACAGAAAAUAGGACCUAAAUAUGUUUCUCAGCAACCUAGGGAAAUGUCUGGAUCACUAAAUAGGCAGAGUCAAAUACAAUUGACAUCUAGAUCCAGAAAUAAAAAACCUAUGAGCAAGCAUAGAUCCCAAUUGGAAGUGGUACGUGAAAUUUUGAUAGGCAGAAUUGAAUCUUUGAAGGCAAAGAAAACUGCAUGUAAUUCAAAUUCGUCAGAUCCACCUAAAACCAGUUCAACAAAAAAAUAUCUCAUGAGUAAAACAGAGACCUUGUGCUAUUCAUUGAAUAGUAAUGUUAUAACUCUUGAUGACUCAGACAGUAGCAGCUCAGGUUCAAAAAGUACAAAUUUGAAAUCUUCUGAUAGUGGAAAUGAAUCUUCAAAGAUAAAAAGAAAAAAAUAUAAAAGAUCAGAAGAUUCAAAGACACAUUUUUGUAUUGAUGAUGGCUCAAAGCAGGGUAGUAGCUCUAAUUCAAAAAAAAGGAAAAAGGAAAAUGGAAUGACAGAGGUGAUACAAAUAUCAGACAGUGAUGGUAGUGAGUGAUGUGAACACUAUCUAAAAAAAUCUGCAGAAGGGAAAAAAGAAGACUGACCAAAAAAUUUUUUUUAGCUUUAUUAAAUAGGAAUUGCAUUUCAUGUUAUGGAUGGUUUAAAUUAUAUGAGUCGUUGUUCAUCUUGGUUCAUCUGCUUUUUUUUGUGAUGAACUAAAAUAUACAGGGUUGCAUAUUUUCUUAGUUUAUUUACUAUCAAGCAAAGAAGGUACCUAGGAUGAAAUCAUCUCACUGUUUUUUUUUUUGUAAGUUUGAUUAAAUAUAGGUACUGCAUUUUAUAAUAGGACCUGUACCUUUUAUUUAUAUUCUAUUCAUAGACCAGAUUUUUUUGUGAUGAACUAAAAUAUACAGGAUGGCAUAAUUUUUCUGUUUAUUAACUAUCAAACAAAAUCAUCUGGGUUCAACAUUUAUGAUAAGUUUAAUUCAUGUAAUAAUAUAUUACAGCAAUUGAAGCUGCAAUAAUUCCAGUGAUGUGAAUUUUCAAGAGAAUAUAUGUUUUUUAUAAUAAAAAUGAAUUGUAUUUAAUUUCAAGCUACA